ACGGACAAUGAAGAAAUGGUUUAUCAAAUGGAACUUGAAGCCGAAGCAGCUGGAAUAUCAUUCGCCGAAUACAAUGAAAAACAAACUAAACAAAUCAAUAAUGGAAAGUUUCAUGAUAAUAGCGCAUCGAAAGCGCGUGCUGUAAGCGGCAAAAAACGUAUUUCUAAAGAAAUUGAAGAACAAGAAAUUAAAGAGUUGGCCAAAAUAAUGAUGUCAAAAAAACAGAAAAAACUAUAUUCAAAGAUGCAGUAUGGAAAGAAAAAGCAAGAGGAAAAGGUUUUAAAUUUAAAACGCAAAAAAGAAGAACUUAAACGUCAGAAGAAAAAUGCUGUUUCUACGUCUCUAAAGAAUGACAAAAAGAAAAAAUAA